AAAGCCCCUCCAUUAAACCCUAUAAGGGGUUAAAAGAAAGUUCUUAAGUUUUUUUUUUUUUUUUUCAAUUACAAAGACGACAAAACCAAAGGCUAAAACAAUAACUAUCAUCAAGCAAGGCAUAUAUACAAGGGGAAAAAAAAAGCCAACAUUAUAUUACGUGUAGGUUAAUUUAGUAUAUUAUUUGUAUAAUAAGGUUUGAAAGAAUAAGAAGAGACAAAUUCAAGGAAGAAGACGAUGAUGGGAAACAACAACAACAACCACCAAGUAAGUAUGCAGAAAGAGGAAGGUGUGAUGCUGAAAAAGGGGCCGUGGACGGCCGCGGAGGAUGCGGUGUUGGCGGAGUACGUGAGGACUCAUGGAGAAGGGAACUGGAAUGCAGUGCAAAGGAAUACAGGGUUGGCUCGUUGUGGGAAAAGUUGUAGGCUAAGAUGGGCUAACCAUUUAAGGCCUAACUUGAAGAAAGGAGCUUUUUCUCCUGAAGAAGAAAGGAUUAUUGUGGAGUUGCAUGCUAUCAUGGGAAACAAAUGGGCUCGUAUGGCUGCUCGGCUUCCGGGAAGAACAGACAAUGAAAUCAAGAACUAUUGGAACACAAGGGUAAAAAGAAGGCAACGGCAAGGUCUCCCACUUUACCCUCCUGAAAUCCAAUCCUUGUAUUCUCAGACUCAGCCUGUACUAACACCACCUUCAACCUCCUCUUUCUCCUUCCAACAUUCCACCACCAUGCUAACAUCAUCAUCACCAUCCCCGCCGCCACGACUUCUUUCCUACGAUCCACAUUCAACCGCAACGCCACCGCCUGUCCAAAGUCCAAGUCCAGCCUCAACGCCGCCCCCUCUUCCAAGCCCUUCCCAUGUCUCUCCACUUCAAUCUCCCCAUAAGCCUUCAUUUUCAUCUAUCCCUCUAGCCGAUUCUUUCACAUCCAACACUCCAUCUUCCUCCCUCGACUUUUACUUCCCUAGACCUUUGCCUUCCUUGGAACAGCCCCUUCGUAACAAGCGACCAAGACACGACGAAAACAACACCAACAAUGGGGGUUCGAGCUUUAUGUUACCCUUUUCAUCGUUGAUGAAAACGGAUCCUUUCAAUCCCCACACCGUGACUAAUAACUCGUUGAACCCUCAACAUUACUCCAACUCAUAUUGUUUGGAUCAAACCACAUUUGACAUGGCUUCAUCGUCAAGGUUCCUCCAACCCCAUUUCGAUCCGGGACAGUUUAUAUCGACUCCCAGAUUCGGUUAUAAUCAGUUGAAAACCGAGCUCCCUUCAAACCAAAUUUUCACCCAAGAUGGUAAUUCACAGGUUAGAUUUGAUCCUAAAGGGAAUAACAAUUACAGCAGUCAUAAUCAGAUUCAGAAUAGCAACCACCAUAGCUCGGGCUUGAAUAUCAGUGGGAAUGGCUUGGUAGAGGAUAUGUUGCAGGAGGUUCAGGCGUUGAAUGAGAAGAAUGAAAUUAUGGCGAGUCAGAGUUGUUUAGUUAGACCAAGUUCAAGCUCCGAGGGUUUAGCUUCAGGGUUGGAAGCAAAAGAAGAAUCAAAAGAACAGAUUAUGAACACAACAAAACAUGUAGAUUACUCCCACGUAAACCCAUCGUCCAUGGCGAUGGCCAUCCCCGAAUGGUACAUCAACAACGGCGAAAGUUCCAUCGGCCAAUCAUCGACUGUAACAUAUGAUGAUUUAGCGCUUGAAUUCGAAUUGCAUGAUCAAAUAGCUUCGUUAUUGCCGAUCGACACUGCACCCGACCACCACGGCCGAUCUUCCAGCUCCUAUACUUGGGUUCAUAGCUUUCCUGGAAUUUGUUGAAAACUUCUAAUGUUGGAUUCAACAUUUUUUUGGGGUUUUGCUUGUGAUAUUUGUUUGCCUAAAAUAACUAAAAAAUAAUCAUAAACUUAAUUUAUCA